UUCCUUUAUUUCACUUUCUUAAAUAAUCUCUCGUUUCAUAUUCAUAGUAGUAGAGCCAUAUAAUCGCCAAGCAUGCCCAUACAGCUUGAGAGCUUCAACAAACCACUGGUGCUCCUCCUCGGUCCACCUCUCUCUUCGUUUCGUGAUGGUAUAGGGAUUUGUCACCUAUAUUAUGCAGAGAUGACGCAAAUAAUUGCCACACGAAGUUAACAAGUGGCAACAAACAAACCUUAGGUGCAUAGCUGUUUCUAUUAACUUGAGCAGCUGUGGAUUGAGAGCCAACAAGCACCGGCAGCUUGAUCCUGUCGAUAAAAGACCAACAAAUCUUAUAGAGCAAUACAACUGGCCAGUGGUGAAAGAACUUCUCAGACCAUAAACCCGAUGGGGCAAAAUAAGGGGACUUUGUAGAUAGAGAAGCAACAGCGACUACAACAGGAGUUCAACUUCAAAAUCCGUUCUUUCUUGUGCUGAACAAAUUGGGUCGGAAUUUUAUGACCGAUUUAAUGCUACAGACACAUAUCCACAAAUCCCAGGCUGCUCCAAUUGUUGAGCUGAAAAAUCUAUUGGCAAAAUGGGGAACCCGUUGCAGUCUUCUCAACGAAAUUCUCGCCCACUCCAUCACCGCUGGCGUCUUCGCGCGGGAGAUCGCAGGCGGACUGCUUGGCGCUUAUGCGAAACUCAACAAAGUGGCUGAAGCACGGAAGAUAUUCGAUGAAAUGCCUGAACGAGAUGUGGGGUCGUGGACCUCUCUUCAGAAUCUUUACCUCAACAUCAAACGACCUAGAAAGUCGCUGACGAUAUUUUCCGAUUUGGUUUUGUCUAAUUUCCCGAAACCCGACUCGCAUUCCGUAGUUGCAGCUCUUUCUGCUUGCGCCCGCUGCAAGGAUCUGAGAAAUGGAAGAGCGAUUCACGCUAUGGCAUUAAAGUACCUAGAAUAUCCUAGGCCCAAUGUGCAUAAUGCGUUGAUCGACAUGUAUGGAAAAAAUCAAAGGGUUGGUUUAGCUAACCGAGUUUUCAAUGGCGUGGAUUAUAAAGACGUGGCUAUUUGGACCACCUUACUUAACGGAUAUAUUGUAAAUAGUGAUAUGGAUUCAGCUCAGAAGGUUUUUGAUGAAAUGCCGCAGAAAAAUGUGUUCUCUUGGACUGCGAUGAUUGUAGGGCACGUUCGCAGCAAGAAUUCUCUCGAGGCAUUGGAGUUGUUCAUGAAGAUGAGACACGAAGAUGCUGGAGAGCAUUAUUGCAAUCCCACUACUUUCACUGUUGUUGCUCUGCUUUCUGCUUGUGCCGAUAUUGGGGCGCUGAAUUUAGGAAGUUCAGUUCAUGGAUAUAUUAACAAACGCCAAGGGUUCGCUUCGGAUGCUACCGUGAAUAAUGGGUUGAUGGACAUGUAUGGAAAAAGUGGGAAUCUUGAUUCAGCUAUAAAGCUGUUUGAUAGCAUGGGGAGGAAAGAUUUGUUUUCAUGGAGCAUUAUGAUAUCUGGUUUGGCACUGAACGGAAGGGGCAAAGACGCCCUCGUUGUUUUUGAUUCAAUGGUCGAAUCAGGGCUGAUUCCAAAUGAAGUUACUUUUCUAUCAGUUUUGUCCGCUUGCAGCCAUGGAGGAUUAGUUAGUGAAGGAGAGAGAUUGUUUGAAAGAUUUGUAAAUAGCUACCAAAUUAAGCCGUGGAUUGAGCAUUACGGGUGUAUGGUAGAUCUCUUUGUCCGAGCAGGACGUUUGGAGAAGGCCUUGUGGUUGGUUGAGCGGAUGCCUAUGAAGCCAGACGCUGUGAUCUGGAGAUCCCUUCUGGUUGCUUGUCUCCAACAUGGGAAUUUCGAACUAGCUGAAGUGGCAGGGAAGAAGGUGCUUGAACUGGAUCCCGAUGAUGAUGCUGUUUACGUGCUCCUUUUCAGCAUCUAUCGCUCCAAGAAUAGGUGGGACGAGGCUGUGAGCGUGAUAAAGAUGAUGAGAGAUCAAAAAAUUAAGAAAACGCCUGGGUGCAGUUGGAUUGAAGUGAAUGGUGGUUUUCAUGAGUUCCUUGCUGAAUCUUCUGAACACUAUGUUAGUGAGAACAUAGUGAUUGUUUUGAAUGGGUUGAUUGAGCAUUCAAGAGUACAUACAAAUCUUUUCUUGCAAUCAUCUUGAGAUUAUCAUUUUUAUCAUGGUUUGAUGGAUUCAUCACGAAGGCACAGACAAUUUGUGAGCUGCCGAUGAAGGUGCUGCAGUGGUCGACAUAGAUGGGAAUCCGGUGCAGGCAGGAGUGGAUUACUACAUCCUGCCCGUUAUCCGGGGAAGAGGGGGCGGUCUCACCCUAUCCAGCACCGGCAACAAGACUUG